AUGACUACUCGCUCCGACACCCUCCAGGGCCGCAUUGCCAUCGUGACCGGCGCCGCCAGCCCCAUCGGCAUGGGCCGCUCCAUCACCACCGGCCUCGUCCGCGCCGGCGCCCGCGUCGCCAUGCUCGACAUCAACCAGGACUGGCUCGACCAGUCCGCCAACGACCUGCGCGAAAUCGGCGGCGACGACUGCGUGCUUCCGAUCAUUGCCGAUGUCACCGACCCGGAGUCGGUACAGAACGCCGUGCAGCGCACCAUCAGCGAAAUGGGCGGGCUGCACAUUUUGGUCAACAACGCCGGCAUCAACCCUCGCACCGCCGGCUUUGGCGGCAGCUCCUCCGGCAGCCGCACCGGCUUCGUCGACAUCGUACCCGACGCUUGGCUGAAGGUCAUUUCGGUGAACCUCAGCGGGCCGUUCCUGAUGGCCCAUGCCGUGGCUGGUCACAUGAUCGAACAGGGAUAUGGCCGCAUCAUCGGCGUCACCACCAGCAUGGACACCAUGUGGCGCAAGGGUGGCGCGCCCUACGGCCCGUCCAAGGCCGGGCACGAGGCGCUGGUCGCCAUCAUGGCGCAGGACCUUGAGGGCACCGGCGUCACCGCCAACGUCCUGACCCCAGGCGGCGCCACUGCAACCAACAUGGUGCUGCCCCCUGAAGGCUCAACGGCCGACGCUCUCAUUCAGCCCGAGGUCAUGCAAGCGCCGGUAGUUUGGAUCGCCUCUGAAGAUGCCAGCGACUGGAACGGCCGGCGCAUUAUCGCCUACCACUGGGACGAAUCAUUGCCCCUGGAAGCAAGGCUCGAAAAGUGCGGCGCACCUGCUGCCUGGCCUCAGCUCGGCCUUCAGGCGGUCCACCCGGACUGGUUUGGCCGCGGCUGA